UCGCCGAUCGGUUUGAACAACAGUCUCGCGUUCAUUGGACCCCCAGGCCGUGAUUUCAUCGAAUCAGGUUUCAGGGAGGCGCACAAGGGGAUCUCGGCGGAUCUCGGAUCUCUUGAAGAUUUCUCCACGAACUCUGGCAGAUGAGCGUUUCCGGCGAGCGCCCGAGUGCCAAAACAUCGACCCGCGUUGGCCAGCUCUGUCGGAGCAGCUGUUAUGUGUGUUUUCUUUGUUUGCUCUGAAGCUCUGGCAACGGGUUGGAAAACCAUAAAAGACACGCCUGUAAGCAGCAACACAGGCACGUUUUGUGAUCUGUAAAAGCUUUAUUUCAAAUGGCAGCUGAUCUCAUCAUCAGGAUUACAGCGUGGGGAAAAACUGGCAACAACUAACUGCUGCAACUGAUUAACAUCAGCUACUUCUCUAAUAAUGUUAUUUAAUUCUACCUGUGAGGUUUCUAAUAGAUCAGUGGCUUUCUUCUACGAAAAGACUGGUAAGCCCAUCAGCAAGGACUGGCACACUCGUGACUUUAUUGUGGUAGGCCUCGGGGUCCCGAUUUGUGUCUUUAUUAUUCUGGCCAAUAUGUUGGUCAUAGUGGCCAUAAUCAUAAACCGAAAGUUCCACUUCCCCAUUUAUUAUUUGCUUGGGAACAUGGCGGCCGCUGACCUCUUUGCUGGAAUAUCAUAUCUCUACCUGGUGUUUCACACGGGGCCGUGGACCAUCAGUUUGACCAUGGAAAAGUGGUUUGUUCGCGGGGCUUUGAUCAACAUGAGCCUGACCGCGUCUGUGGUCAACCUGCUGGCGGUGGCAUUGGAGCGCCAUCAGACCAUCUUCACCAUGCAGCUCCACAGCACCAUGACCAUGAGGCGCGUGGUGAUGCUGAUAGUCACCAUCUGGUUGGUGGCCGUCUUCAUGGGUUUGGUGCCCACCAUGGGCUGGAACUGUAUUUGUGACCUGUCCACUUGCUGCACGGUUGCGCCGCUGUAUUCCCGAAGCUUCCUAGUGUCCUGGGCCAUCCUCAACCUCAUGGCCUUCUUCAUCAUGGUGGCCGUUUACACUCACAUCUUCAUCUACGUUCGCCGGCGGAGCCAAGCAAUGUCCCCGCACACAGACCAGCCCUCCAACAAUCAGACCGUCAUCAGCCUCAUGAAGACCAUGUCCAUGAUUCUGGGUGCCUUUGUGAUCUGUUGGACGCCAGGUCUGGUGAUUCUGUUGCUGGACGGUCUCAGCUGCAGUGAAUGUCAGGUUCUUAAAUAUGAAAAGUACUGCCUGGUUCUGGCCGAGUGUAACUCUCUGGUGAACCCCAUCAUCUACUCGUUCCGGGACGAGGACAUGAGGGCCACCUACAAACGCAUUCUCUGCUUCCCUUGGAGAAGAAUGCAGCAGCAUGAGGGGACUUCUGGCAUCCGCUUCGAGCCUGUGAAAGCAGGGGCACCCUCAGAGAUAAACGACUCUAUCUCCACCAGUUUACAGCCCAGUUCACCACAAAGCCUAUUGCCUUUAUAGAAAAAAGUAUUUCUCAGUGUAUAUAAAUGACUUUGUAUUUGCUUAGUGAAAUGAUCACCGCUUGUACAAAGAGUAAAUAAUACUUCAUUUCUGAUA